UAACUCCAACAGUCUCACCGCGCAACCGAACCGCGUGACUGUCAAGUGACCAUAGAGUUCAAGAGUUUACUUUUAAAACUAACUUUUUAAAAAUGUGCGGGGAAAUGGGUAAAGCUGUUUUGCGCGCGCUCACUACAGCGCUACUCUGUGGUCUGGUUUCAGAUGCUGCGUAUUUACAGAGAUACCAACAGCCAUCAGACUAUGACGACUACCCCAUUCAGUACCAGCAGGCGAUCGUCAGACCGAAGCCCCUGAGAGAGCAUGAGAAGCCCCAAGACCUGAAGAAUGUCCCGGGAAUACCCGGGGUGGACUACCCCAUCUACCACGAGGUUCCUCACACCAGCUUCUCCUGUCACCACGUGCCGAUCCACCCUGGGAUGUACGCUAAUGUUGAGACUGGAUGUCAGGCCUACCACGUAUGCCACGACGGGCGCGAGGGCCAGCAGGGCGCGUCGUUCCUGUGCACCAACGGGACGCUGUUCGACCAGGCCAAGUUCACGUGCGACUGGUGGUAUAACGUCGACUGCUCGCAGGCCCUCGACCACUACAAGUUAAACGCAGAUCCUCUAAAGAACCCUUACGUGCCGAAACCUAAGCCUGAGGAGGAGGAAUACCACGGUCACGGCAUUUACUACAAGAGAUUAUAGAGAACUAUACUUAUUUCAUUCAUUUACCAUCGUUAAUUUAUAAUGAGCAUCUUACCUACAUCAUUAUUUUAUCAUUUUUAAAAUACGAGUACUUUACUGUUUUGAAAAACUAUGACGUAAUUUUAAUCUAGUUCCGUAACUUAUAGGUCUGCGUAAUUUAUCAAUGUGGAAGGAAAUCUAUGUAUUAUACUGUAUUCAUAGCUUCAUUGUCACAACAUGCAACAUCACUAUGUCAUAAAUUCAUGUUUUCUAACUCUCUAUUACUUUGGUAAAGAGUUAAGAUUAUUUAAAUAAAUAUUAUGAUUUUGAAUAAA